AAACCGGUGCCGGAGACGAGGGUGGAGAACGCAGCGCUGUCCCGAAUAGGUGCAGCGAUCCGAGCGUCUCGGGUACUGCGGCGCGGGUUUUUUUUUUAGCUUGGUGCUUGCCCUCAUCAAAGAUGGCGGCAAUGGAUGUCUAGUGAGUGCGUGAGAAGCAGAGAGUUACCCCGAAUAAAAGAAAUUGCGAGUUUGGAAAGAAGUUGAGACAUAGGAUGUGGAAGGAGGUGGUCUUGGUGUUACAGGGAGCGUCCCAUGUGGCGCAGGCGAUGGCGAAGAUGGGCUGUGAAGAGCUACGUUUGGUGACCACUACAUCCACAUUAGGAAGCGGCAUCAAGUCUAUGCAGUCUACAGCUGAGCGAUGUGUGAGCGCGGCAUUCACCAGAAUACAGGUCAAUAAGACAGACUCCAGGGAGCGCCCACCAUCCGAUGAUUUCAGCGCUGAGUCUUGGAGCGUGAUGUCGGAGUUACCCCCGGCUGAAGAUAUGCCACCUUCCCCGACCAACCCUGCAGAAUGGCAGAAGAAGGGCCCAAGCCUGACUGGCAUGGGGCAAGUCAGAACAUACAGCACCAUUAGAGGCUUAACAGCUGAUGAGAUUCAGAGAGCGAGGGAGACUAAAGUUCAAGGUGGAGCAGAGGAUCUUGGGAGACCCAAGCGACAGAAGCUCAGUGAAAGGGCUAGAGAGAGAAAGGUGCCUGCAUCACGUAUCAGCCGAAUUGCAAAUUUUGGGGGAUUGGCUGUAGGCCUUGGGAUUGGUGCAUUGACGGAAGUAGCUAAACAGUCUUUAAGCAGAGAAAAGAAAUCAGGAGAUCUCACUGUCUUAGAAGCAAACUCUUUCAUGAGUGAAGCCAAUGCCGAAAGAAUAGUGGACACGUUGUGUAAAGUUCGGGGGGCUGCCUUAAAGAUCGGACAGAUGCUGAGUAUCCAAGAUAACAGCUUCCUUAGUCCGCAGCUGCAGAAGAUCUUCGAGAGGGUGCGGCAGAGCGCCGACUUCAUGCCGUCCUGGCAGAUGAGUAAAGUCCUUGAGGAAGAGCUGGGCCCUGGUUGGAGGGAGAAGUUGUCAUAUUUUGAAGAUAAACCUUUUGCAGCUGCCUCUAUUGGCCAGGUACAUCUAGCCAGGCUGCUGGAUGGUCGUGAAGUAGCCAUGAAGAUCCAGUAUCCCGGAAUUGCUCAGAGUAUUAAGAGUGAUGUGGAAAAUCUGCUGUCAAUUCUGAAAUUGAGCGUAGUUCUGCCAGACGGUUUGUUUCCUGAAAACAGUGUACAAGUCCUACAGAAAGAACUGGCAUGGGAGUGUGAUUAUAUACGUGAAGCCAAAUGUGCCAAGACGUUCAGGAGUCUCCUGAGCGAUGAUCCUUUCUUCAGGGUCCCACAAGUGAUUGAUGAUCUUACCACCAAGAGAGUAUUGACUAUGGAGCUGGUGUCUGGAGUUCCUCUAGACCAGUGCGCAGAGAUGGACCAGGAAACCCGCAACCAGGUAUCCUACAAUAUUCUCCGGCUCUGCCUCCAGGAGCUCUUUCAAUUUCGCUUCAUGCAGACUGAUCCAAACUGGUCCAACUUUUUCUAUGAUGCUGAUGUAGACAAGGUGAUGUUGUUGGACUUUGGAGCCAGUCGGUGGUUUGACACGGCGUUCACUGAUGAUUAUAUUGAGGUUGUAAAAGCAGCAGCAGAAGGCAACAGAGCAAGAGUUCUACAAAAGUCCAGAGACCUGAAAUUUCUGACUGGGUUUGAAACAAAGGUCUUUGAAGAGGCUCACAUAGAUGCUGUGAUGAUUCUAGGAGAGGCUUUUGCCUCUGAGGAGCCUUUCAACUUUGGUACCCAAAACACAACCAAAAGGAUCCACGAUCUGAUCCCGGUCAUGCUAAAACACAGACUUACUCCUCCCCCUGAGGAGACCUACUCCCUGCACCGGAAAAUGGCAGGCUCGUUUCUCAUCUGUGCCAAGCUGAAGGCAAGCUUCACUUGUAAGGAGCUAUUUGAUAAUAUAUAUCGUCAGUACUGGGCACAACGAGGGCAAGAGGGGCGCUAGUCAACCACUGCUUGAGCCACUCCAUCAUUUUUACUUGAAACGAAUGACAUGGGAAUAGUUUUUGUUUUUUUAAAUCCUUUUAUUGCCCAGAGAAUAAUCUAUACAAUCCCACCACUGUGUGAGUCAAAGCCCUUUCCAUGGUCGAGUAUGUAUGGUUUUGUUCCAAGACGUUGGCUCUUGUGCCAAGUAUAUUCUUUGCAGCUACAGUUGUACUUAAGUGGAAUUUAUCUAUUAAAUGGGAGAGAUUAAAGGUCCCAUCCUUUUCAGCUAUCCAAAAGGGUCCAACCUGCUUAAGGAGGCGCUCAAUGAGCAGCGUCUCAUCUGGGAAUCAAAAGCUUUCUCUGAUCCGUAUCGCAGACGUGCCGGAAGGCUUGAGACAUUCAGUCUAAACAGUUUUUAUUCAUUUUAUUCUUUGGCAUCUUAUUGCUUUUUUUCUAUUAAGUGUUAUGUCAUUCUGCUUCUUCGCCGCAAAAACUCCAGACUUGUCCCGAAAUUUGUGGAUUGACUUUCAUUGACUUGUCAUUGGGAUGUUUAAAUUAAUCACAUAAUCCGCUAUUCAGCGUCCUUUGAAGCUGCCUUCUUGUUUAGGAAGAUAGAAUUCCCUGUGAAAUUUUCCCUGCUAAAAAGAAGACCCGGGAACAAUGUAAAAUAGGUCAACCAGGUUCCAGGCACGGAUACGUCUCCAGAAAACCAGAUCAGAGCUUAUAUUUCUCUAGCCAGAAUAUACAAUGAAGAUUAAAGUGUGAAUGGAUUGCAGAGUGCACCUCCCAGUAAGAGAUAUAUGCCAAACUAGUGUACUGCAGACCUCUCAGCACCCACGUUUGUUGCUGCUGCUGCUGACAGGCCCACCCUUAUUUGGCAUUGUGCUGACUUCUUCUAGUGCCUUCAAAGGACCACUAAUCACUCCCUGCUUUUAUAGACUAGGGAAACUAAUGAGAUUCUCACAUAUAUCUAAAAACAUAUAUAAAAAUCACAGCUAAACAUUUUAAGGAAAUCUUUUAGCUCUCUGUGAUGCUCCGAGCUGCAUACAUCGGCAGACAGCUGAUAGGAAGAUAAAACAAAUGAUACAUGUCUCUUAGGUGAUUGCUGUUAACAAAGCUAUAAAAUCAUGUUCUCCUUCUAAGCUUGAGUCCUAGAGGCCGUGCCGAGCUGCAGCAUGCACACCUCCCUCCUCCACCCCUUAAUCCCCUAGAUGAUUGAUAUACAGAGUUUGGCUUUCACCACUGAUCCCUGUAGGUCAGACAGUCAAGGCAGGGAGGAGGCAUGCAUGCUGCAGCAUGUGCGCUCGGAAGGAAAAAAUUAUUUUAUAACUAUGCAGAGUCAUCUGCAGUUCUGAGCAUAAUAUAGAACUAGCACCGAGAAAGCAGAAAACAGGAAUAGCAGAAUUCUCCAUUAGUGAUUGCUUGCCAUUGACUUUCCUUUGGAAUGUUUCAUAUAAGGCCAUGUUCACACACAUUUUUUCUCUAAAAAAAACCUAUGACUUUGCAGCCAUCUCUUCUUUACUCUAAACACAGCUGUCUUUUUCGAAAAUAAUAGCUUUUAAAAAAGUACAGUGUGUGCAUAACCAGACAUUUUUCCAUUGAGUUUAAUAAAUGGGCACUGUCAGAUUCAAAAACUUUUUUGUAUGUUGUACAUCUUGGCAAAACAUUAACCUUUUUAAAUAUAAUUCAUAAGAAAAUUUUAUUUCCUUCUUUAUAGAAAUCAUGGCUUAUAAAAUCAUGGAUUUGUCUAAACUGAAGCACAGGCAUGGACAAAGUCCAGUAAGUGAGGCUGGGCUAGUACUCCUCUGUGCUCUCUCCUGUCUGAUAGUACUCCUCUGUGCUCUCUCCUGUCUGAUAGUACUCCUCUGUGCUCUCUCCUGUCUGAUAGGAUUCCUCUGUGCUCUCUCCUGUCUGAUAGGACUCCUCUAUGCUCUCUCCUGUCUGAUAGCACUCCUUUGUGCUCUCUCCUGUCUGAUAGCACUCCUCUGUGCUCUCUCCUGUCUGAUAGCGCUCCUCUGUGCUCUCUCCUGUCUGAUAGCGCUCCUCUGUCCUCUCUCCUGUCUGAUAGCGCUCCUCUGUGCUCUCUCCUGUCUGAUAGCGCUCCUCUGUGCUCUCUCCUGUCUGAUAGCGCUCCUCUGUGCUCUCUCCUGUCUGAUAGCGCUCCUCUGUGCUCUCUCCUGUCUGAUAGCGCUCCUCUGUGCUCUCUCCUGUCUGAUAGCGCUCCUCUGUGCUCUCUCCUGUCUGAUAGCGCUCCUCUGUGCUCUCUCCUGUCUGAUAGCGCUCCUCUGUGCUCUCUCCUGUCUGAUAGCGCUCCUCUGUGCUCUCUCCUGUCAGCGCUCCUCUGUGCUCUCUCCUGUCAGCGCUCCUCUGUGCUCUCUCCUGUCAGCGCUCCUCUGUGCUCUCUCCUGUCUGAUGGUACUCCUCUGUGCUCUCUCCUGUCUGAUGGUACUCCUCUGUUCUCUCUCUCCUGUCUGAUGGCGCUCCUCUGUGCUCUCUCUCCUUUCGGAUAGGACUUGUGCUUUCUCCUGCCAUGAUUUGUAUAAAAAUAUCUUAUGAAGUAUAUUAGGAAGGUUAAUGUUUUGCCAAGAUGUACAACAUAUAAAAAGCUUUUGUAUCUGACAGUGUCCAUUUAAAUUACUGGAAAAGACAGUAUUUUUUUUGUCUCUUUUUAGUGUUGUAGAAUGGACAAAAAACUUCUGGGGAAAAAAAAACAAUGUGUGAACAUAGCCUAAAGGUUAACUUUGAGAAACCAGGUUUAUUUGGGCACAGUACCCUCCCCUUCCUCUAUAGCAAUAUUUUCCAAACAGUGCCCCUCCAACAGCUUAAAAACUACAAUUCCCAGCAUGCCUGGACAGUCUUUGGCAUUUUUGGUCAAUCCAACCACAUAAUAUCUGCUUCUCCUUGAAUUAUAAUUGUCUGUCUUCACCAAAGAAGAAUGCCACAUUAUUUACUAUGUGAAUGUACAUGUAUUAAAUAAUUUAUACAAAUAGCCAUCUCCCGGUACUCUUUAUACAUAGACUGUUGAUGCUCUGGAUGUGCUGUUACCAACUUUUCUCAAAAACCUCAUUAAAUGGCUUUAUUUAAAGUGCGUCACUAGGUUAGUGCUUCUCCUGGGUGACAUUUAAAGAGAAUUUCUUCUCUGAAUACCAAUCUCUGCUGAUUAAUUUUCUUAAUAUAAAUUUUUAGUGGUUAAAACUGUUUUCUCUGAUACAGAUCUCCAAAUUCCCUGAAUGAAUAUACACUGCUCAAAGAAAUAAAGGGAACACUUAAACACAAUGUAACUCCAAGUCAAUGAGACUUCUGUGAAAUCCCACUGUCCACUCAGGAAGAACACUGAUUGACAAUCAAUUUCACAUGCUGUUGUGCAAAUGGAACAGACAACAGGUGAAAAUUAUAGGCAAUUAGCAAGACACCCCCAAUAAAGGAGUGGUUCUGCAGGUGGUGACCACAGAGCACUUCUCAGUUCCUAUGCUUCCUGGCUGAUGUUUUGGUCACUUUUGAAUGCUGGCGGUGCUUUCACUCUAGUGGUAGCAUGAGACAGAGUCUACAACCCACACAAGUGGCUCAGGUAGUGCAGCUCAUCCAGUAUGGCCCAUCAAUGUGAGCUGUGGCAAGAAGGUUUGCUGUGUCUGUCAACGUAGUGUCCAGAGCAUGGAGGCGCUACCAGGAGACAGGCCAGUAUAUCAGGAGACAUGGAGGAUGCCAUAGGAGGGCAACAACCCAGCAGCAGGACCGCUACCUCCGCUUUUGUGCAAGAAGGAGCAGGGGGAGCACUGCCAGAGCCCUGCAAAAUGACCUCCAGCAGGCCACAAAUUUGCAUGUGUCCACUCAAACGGUCAGAAACAGACUCCAUGAGAUGGGUAUGAGGGCCUGACGUCCACAGGUGGGGGUUGUGCUUACAGCCCAACACCGUGCAGGACGUUUGGCAUUUGCCAGAAAACACCAAGAUUGGCAAAAUUCGCCACUGGCACCCUGUGCUCCUCACAGAUGAAAGCAGGUUCACACUGAGCAUGUGGCAGAGUCUGGAGAUGCCAUGGAGAACGUUCUGCUGCCUGCAACAUCCUCCAGCAUGACCAGUUUGGCGGUGGGUCAGUAAUGUUGUGGGUUGGCAUUUCUUUGGGGCACGGCCCUCCAUGUGCUUGCCAGAGGUAGCCUGACUGCCAUUAGGUACCAAGAUGAGAUCCUCAGACCCCUUGUGAGACCAUAUGCUGGUGCGGUUGGCCUUGGUUCCUCCAAAUGCAAGACCAUGCUAGACCUCAUGUGGUUGGAGUGUGUCGGCAGUUCCUGCAAGAGGAAGGCAUUGAUGCUAUGGACUGGCCCGCCCGUUACCCAGACCUGAAUCCGAUUGAGCACAUCUGGGACAUCAUGUCUCGCUCCAUCCACCAAUGCCACGUUACACCACAGACUGUCCAAGAGUUGUAGGGAGGUCAUACGGGCACGUGGAGGCCACACACACUACUGAGCCUCAUUGUGACUUGUAUUAAGGACAUUACAUAAAGUUGGAUCAGCCUGUAGUGUGGUUUUCCACUGUGAUUUUGAGUGUGACUCCGUAUCCAGACCUCCAUGGGUUGAUAAAUUUGAUUUCCAUUGAUAAUUUUUGUGUGAUUUUGUUGUCAGCACAUUCAACUAUGUAAAGACGAAAGUAUUUCAUGCGAUUAGUUCAUUCAUUCAGAUCUGGGAUGUGUUAUCUUAGU